AUGCCAAGACCUGGUUAUGCGGUUGUUUAUGUCAUUCUUCUUUGCGCGUUGGCCAAAAGGGGCUCAGAGGGGAAGAGGUGGAAACCCGAGGAGUUUUAUAGAGACCAUGCUGCUUUAUCAAUGUCCCUUCAUUUAGAUGGAAAAAAGGCAGAGCAGGCGUGGAAACAUUGCAGGAAAGAAUUGAUAGAGAGGAACAAUAAUAUUGAAGACUUGAACAUGCAUCUAUUGGAAGGGAGUGAUGACAAGAGAUCUACUCUUUCAAUAGAAAAGGACAUACACAAAGCAACAAAAUUUCUGCCUCCCCAUAUGAAACAAUACUUUUUGGAUUGCAUAACAAACAGAAAUCCUCCUACUCCUGUUUCAGAAGAGCAGGGACAUAGUCUGAGGAAGCAUCAUGUGUCAAUCUUUGGUUUUAUAGGUGGUCAUAGAUAUUUGCUUUCCAAGCCAUCACCAAGCCCAGUUUCUGUUUCAUCAGCCAAAUCUCCAUCUCCAACUCCGAAGCUCCCAUAUGAAGAUUUGCCACUCUUUGUUCCAUCUCCACAACCUCCUCCAUCUCCUCUUCAUCAUGUUUUUGAUCCCAUACAUGAUAACAAACAAAAGAAGCCAAUCAUUUUUGCUUCCAUUGCAUCAGGAAUUAUAAUCUUAAUAGGCUUGUUACUAUGCUACCGUGAGGUAAGGAAGAGCAAAAAAGUUGAAAGAGAUGACAGGCCUUUACUCAUAUUAAGCUCAAGUGAUCUCUCUGGUGGUAUGUCUAUGUUUAGUUCACAGAGGUCUAUUGGUAUGGAAAAUUCUGAUAUGAAAGAAUCUGGUACUAGCUAUAGAAAGAACCCUUCUAUAAGGACUUUGUCCAUUAAGACUGAAGACAACAAUGCCUCAUUGGUUGAGACAACAUCAUCAUCAUCAGAUGGCAAGGGACAAGUACCAAACUCUCUAUUACAACCUCCUCCGGGAAGAUCAGCCCCUGAGCCUCCACCUCCGCCGCCUCCUGCUCUUGAGCCUCGCCCUCCGCCGCCUCCUCCUAGAGUAUCUCGGCCUCCACCUGCUCCUCCCAAACCAGUGGCAGGUAGAAAUCAAGAUUCACCUCUAGGACCACUUCAUUCCAGUGAUGGUGGUGAAUCUGAUGCUCCAAAACCGAAACUAAAGCCAUUUUUCUGGGAUAAGGUUGUUGCAAAUCCUGAUCAAGCAAUGGUUUGGCAUGAGAUCAGCGCAGGGUCAUUCCAGUUCAGUGAAGAAAAGAUAGAGUCUUUAUUUGGCUGCGCCAACCCGAACAGAAAUGAACGAAGAAAAGAGUCACCAUCUCUAGAACCUUCUAUCCAGUGCAUUCAGAUUAUUGACCCUAAGAAAGCACAGAAUUUAUCAAUUCUUUUACGUGCUCUGAAUGUAACCACAGAAGAAGUUAUUGAUGCCCUUAAAGAAGGUAACGAGAUUCCUGUUGAGCUCAUCCAAACAGUAUUGAAGAUGGCGCCAACAACGGAUGAGGAACUGAAGCUAAGGUUAUUCACAGGGGACGUUACUCAAAUUAGCCCUGCAGAGGGGUUUCUCAAGGCCUUGGUUGACAUUCCAUUUGCUUUCAAACGUCUUGAGUCUUUGAUGUUCAUGUUUACACUUCCAGAAGAAGCCUCAAGCAUUAAGGAGUGCUUUUCAACAUUAGAGGUUUCUUGCGACAAACUAAGAAAAAGCAGGCUCUUCCUAAAGCUAUUAGAAGCAGUUCUGAAGACUGGAAACCGCAUGAAUGAUGGUACCUAUCGUGGUGGUGCUCAAGCAUUUAGGCUUGACACUCUUUUGAAACUUGCAGAUGUAAAAGGAACCGAUGGCAAGACCACACUACUUCACUUUGUAGUUCAGGAGAUUAUACGUUCCGAGGGUGUAAGAGCGGUUAGAACAGCAAAAGCAAGCCAAAGCCAUUCUAGUAUGAAAACUGAGGAUUUCAUUGAGGACACCAAUGAAGAAUCAGAAGAGCACUAUCGUAGCCUUGGCCUUCAAGUGGUUUCAGGUCUAAGCAGUGAACUAGAAGAUGUGAAAAAGGCUGCAAUUAUAGAUGGUGAUGCACUAACAGCUGCAGUGUUUAAACUUAAUGUGUUAUUGAAAAAAGCUGAAGACUUGCUGAACAAUGAUUUGAAGAAUCUCGAAGAAGAUAGCGAGUUCCAACAUUCCCUGGCAAGUUUUGUGGAGAAAACAAAAGGAGAAGUGUCAUGGUUAAUGGAGGAAGAGAAGAGGAUAAUGGCUCAGGUUAAGAGCGCUGCAGAUUAUUUCCAUGGGAAUGCAGGAAAAGAUGAAGGGUUGCGUUUGUUUGUGAUUGUACGUGAUUUCUUGAUAAUGUUGGAUAAGGUUUGCAAAGAGGUGAAGGAUACAACAAUGAAGACAGGGAAGGCUUUUAUUUCCAAGAUAGAGGCUCCAUCCAUGUCAUCCUCUCCAGACAAGAGUCAUCCGUCACCUUCUGAUGUACAUAGGCGGCUAUUUCCAGCCAUAGCAGAGCGGCGAAUGCAUGACUCUAGUUCUGAUGAUGAUGAUGAUGAGAACCUACCUACAUAG